AUCAUUUGUGACCGUCGCUGAGUAGUUGCCCUUGGCGAGGGAAUGUUAGGGAGGCGCAGCCGUCACGGCCCUUAUGGGGGAAGUUGGAUGCGGAGUGUUCAAUAGGAGGAGGAACCUGAGCUCAUUGUUUGUCUGGGAGCCAUAGACCUCCAUCCCAAUGCCUCUUCAUUCCCAAUCUCUUACAUUCCUAACACUGAUUACCUGGCCUCGGUAGUGACCUGUCGUCACGAAUGUGAUCAUUAACAACAGUCUGGAAAAUUAUCCGGCUAAUCCGAUGACCUUCCCCCUUUAUCCUCGAAUAGUUCUUUGCUUAUAUCCCUUGUUACCGGUAUCCUUCCGACCGUUUUCUGUUAAUACUUUCUAAAAUCUGAGCAUUUAUGGGGAAUGGAAAGAGUGACACUCUCUGGGAUAUAGCUGUGGCUCAAGUUUCAAAGAAAAACGAGGAGAAGGAAAAUGAAGAAGACCUGGAAGUCAAGGAAAGAUCUGUAUUCUUUUUGGGAAAUAAAAGUGGGGGAAAAACUACAAUUAUACUCCGAUUUCUUGACAGGGAUGAAAUCCCGAAGCCUACAUUAGCUUUGGAAUAUACUUUUGGAAGAAGAGCAAAAGGACAUAAUACUCCAAAGGACAUUGCUCAUUUUUGGGAACUAGGUGGUGGAACAUCGUUAUCUGAUCUUGCUCAGAUUCCAAUCACCGUUGACAGCAUAAGGACCCUUUCUAUUGUUUUGGUUCUGGACCUUUCCAAGCCCAAUGACCUAUGGCUAAGCAUGGAGAAAUUGCUGGAUGUGACAAAAAACCAUAUAAACACAACUAUAAAUGAACUGGGCAAGAAGGAUUCCAUAAAUGUAAAUGACUUCAAGCAAAGGACCUGGAAAACAUUGCAGAGGAAUCACCCGGAUUGGGAACUAAUUGAUCCAUUUCCCAUUCCUCUUGUUAUAAUUGGGAGCAAAUAUGAUAUAUUUCAGGAUUUUGAAUCUGAAAAGAGGAAAGUAAUCUGCAAAACACUGCGCUUUGUGGCUCAUUAUUAUGGAGCUUCAUUGUUGUUUUUCAGCAAUAAAGUGGAAAGCACAAUAUCUAAAAUGCGGACAAUCCUAAAUCAUUUGGCAUUUGGCACUGACAGAAGCAAAGCAGUAUCUGUUGAGCACAAUAAGCCACUGUUUGUUCCAGCUGGUCUGGAUUCACUGAGUCUGAUUGGGUCUCCACCAGCUACUGAAAUUGACUUGGGGAAGAUAAAUGCACGAAAUCCUAUUGAUCUAUGGAAGAAAGUAUAUGAGAGGCUGUUUCCAUCUGAGAAUACCAGUGAAUUGAAAUAUGUGGAAGAUCCUGCUAAGAACUCACAGUAUGCUGAACCUGAAGUGGAUGCAAUGAGGACACAAAAGGAUCAGGAGCUUGAGCAAUAUAAAAGAAAUGCUUCCAAAUCAUGGAAAGUGAUGCAAUUUGACAUACGAAGAUAAUUUCACUUCAAGUAUUUGCAUGGAGCAUUUUUUUGCAUUUAAGUUCUGAAAGUGCGUAAUUUAUGUAUUUUUAGUGAAAAGUUUUUUGACAGUAUUUAAACAUUUACAGAAGCAUUUGAACAUGCUAUCUUCCUCUACUUCUUUAUAUAUGUUAACGUAGUUCAGUUCUACUUCAUUUUUUGGUGACCUUGUAUAUUUUUCAGUUCUACUUCAUUUUUUGGUGACCUUGUAUAUUUUUCAUGUUCAAUAAUCCAUAUUCAGUAUGAUAAAUGUUUAAUUUUUUGGUGUUUAUUAAAAAUGGAGACAUUU